UCACACUCUGAUAAAGUGCUUCAUGUCUUGGCGUGAGCUCCUUCCCCCCUGGCUGGUGAUCGUGGCAGGACUGACAGGCAUCGUGCUGCUCUGUGUCUCCACCAAAGAUGUGCCCAUUGCUCCACUCAGGACCAAGUACGGCAUUGUUCUGGAUGCCAGCCCAUCCCGCACCAUCCUGUUCAUCUACCAGUGGACCACUACCAAGGCAAACAAGACCGGGGUGAUCAAAGAAUGUAGUUCCUGUACAGUGCAAGGUCCAGAAAUCUCGAACUACUCAGAUUCUCCUCAGAAAGUAGGAAAGAGCCUGGAUACAUGUUUGAACUGGGCCCAGAGCAAGAUCCCGGCAGAGCAGCACAGCCAGACUCCCCUGUACCUGGGAGCAGCCACCAGCAUAAUGCAGCUGAACCUCAGCCAUCCCACUCGCUCUGAUGAUCUCCUUGCAGCCCUGACCGUGGCCCUGAAGUCAUCCCCCUUUGACUUUCAGGGGGUACAAAUCUUGUCCAGCCCAGACAAGGAAGCAUUCAACUGGGUUGCUGUUAACUACAUUCUGGAGAACUUCUUCAAGUACGACUGGCGAGGACAAAUGGUCCCCUCCACAAACAGGAUGGCAGGAGUCCUGUCCAUAGGAGGAACCUCAACACAGCUCACUUCCAAGGUAGAAGAAGGGAACCAAAUACCCAAGGACGGAGUGAGGCUGCAGCUGUAUGAGCAGACACACACAGUGUACACCCAUCACUGUCCCUGCCAUGGCACAGACCAGCUCCGCAGCAGGCUGCUCUCCACACUCAUACAAGAACAAAGAAGUUCUAAAACCGUGCCUAACCCCUGCUGGCCCCUCAGCUACUCCCAGGAAGUGCAGUGGAACUCAGUGCACACAGGGCCCUGUGCUGUCAGUGAUGACACACUGGAUAUCCCCAACCCUGACCAGGUCUUCAACAUCACCGGCACCAGCAAUCCCACUGCCUGCAUGAGACUUGUGCAAAGCCUGCUCAAUUCUUCCUCUUCCUGCAGCUUCUUCAAUAAUUCCCCCAAAAGUGCUGACAAGCUCCUCCAAACCAGGUUUCUGGUGAUUUCUGAGGCCAUGGACUUCCUGAGGAAAACCGCACCAUCUCCUGACUUGGGUCAGGCAGUCAACAAGCUUUGUGAGAUGUCUGUCAAGGAGCUGGUCAAGGAGUCCCAGACAAGCCUGGAUGCACUUGCUGAUUACUGCACUGUAUCUGCCUUCAUCUUUCAGCUCAGCACAAAGGGAUACAUUUCUGACUUCAAUCAGUCCAUUCAGGCUGCGUUCCAGAUUGGUGACACAUCAUCUGUCUGGACUCUUGGAUACCUGCUGAGUCUGACCAACACCAUCCCUCAGGACAGCCCAAGUUUCCUCAAGGGCAUUGACCCAGGUGUCUGGUCAUUGCUCCUCAUCCUCUUUGUGGUGCUGCUCACUGGCUCGUUCAUGCGCAUCUCAUACCGAGUGAUGGUCAAGGAGAACAGCCGCAGUAACAGGAACAGCAGCGUUUUUGAUGACAACUGACUUAUUCCAGGACUAGAUACUCUUGCCAGAGGGCAGCUAACAGAGUAUAUACAAAAAUAUACACAGGUGAAAAAUCACCGGAGGAUGCAAAUGGUUUCCCUGGAGGACUCGAGAGUCUCAGUACCUCGUUUCAGCUUGCAACCAGUUGCACUACAGUACACUGAGAAAACAGAUUCUGCCAUGCAGGAAGCCUGAGGAUCACUGUGGAUGAGAAGCUAUACGUUCUCUAAAUGAGACCAGCUUGCACAGAUCUUGCUUGAGCUGCAACUGCAAUUACUUGUGUGUAUAGUGACAAUAAUGAAAAGAUGGUAGUAAAUAUCCAAAAGGUUUUUUACAAGAAAAACUCACCCAUAUGGAAGCCUUCGGUAUGCUAGGAACCACUGAGGCAA